GAAGAGUGAGUGGACAUAUCAAACAGAGAGAGACCGAGUGAGUGGGAGAGAGAGAAGAAGAGAGAGAGUGGCUAAAGGGGAGAGGAGGGGUGUGUAGAGGAAGAAAACGGGAAUAUCCUGACUUGGCAAUCCUUCCGCAUUGUGCGUCUCUCUCUCUCCACUAAUGAUCUGUUUCUCUGGACCUGCUGAGAUGAUUCAUCCCCUCUCGGCUGCUGCUUGAACACCACAGACAGACAGACAGCAUGUCACUCCUGCCACCGCAGUGCCUGCUUGAUCUGUCCCAGCCACUAGAGCCGCAUCCUGCCCGUAGCGUUUACACAGCAGCUGUCCUCAGUUGAGUGAGCGUCUAUUGAUUCCACCCAGCGAAAUGCACUGAACUCAACUGGAUCAUGUCUUCUGGGCUACUUUUGUUGUGCAUCUAAGCUGAGCUGAAUCUGAUGCUUCUAUUUCAGGACUUGUUUUGUGAAUACAUUUCCCAUGAGAGAGUGAACCUGUGAAGAAAUCUUUCUCCCUGUCACGCAAGUCUUAUCGGUUUAUUUACCAGACGUUAAAAAGGUAAACCCCGCACGGCUCUGAAAAGCAUCCUCCUUCUUCAUCUCCCACCCAACCCCCACCAUGGCGAUCUGAUAAUGGACAACACACUUUACAGUACCCGCCACAGCCAGCUGCUGUGUGCUUUGAGUUGAGUCCAGAGAUCCUUCUGUCUAAGAGAGAGAGAGGGAGGAUGGCGGAGAGUGUGGAGGCGGAGGACUCCUCCGCCGGGCUGGUUGUCCCUCUCGGAUCAGCGUCCUGCACCGAUCCUAGACGAGCCUCCGAGGAGGCGCCGGAGGGGGCUGCGGCAGGUGGAGAGUGCGGGGAAGAGGGCACAGAGGGAGGCGGGGACAAUUGCGAUGGCGGUCGAGCCGGGCCCCUGGGAUUAUUGGGCUUGGCAGGGACCUGCUGUGUGUGCAUAGAGAUGGAACAGGUGCGCAGUUGCCUGCGCUCGGAGAAGAUCUGCAUCCUCCCCAUCCUGGCCUGCCUGCUCAGCCUGGCCCUCUGCACCGCCGGACUCAAGUGGGUCUUUGUGGACAAAAUCUUUGAGUAUGAGCCGCCCACCCACCUGGACCCUGAUCGCAUGGAACAAAACCCCUUCAUCAUCAUUUCUGACCCCACACGGGAUCUGCCAGUGUCAUUUCCCUACCCCUCCCCUGUCCCCAUGCCGACGACCACCACCACAGGACAACCUGAGGUCAUAGUAGAGGGGAAACCCACCGGAGGACCCUUUAUACCCCAGUCCCCCAGAGUGACUCAGUACAGCCCUACUUCUGCAUUGAUGUACCCCACAGACCCGCCCACGCAACCUGGACCCCCUAACACCCCAAAACCAGUGAAAAAGGGAACACCAACCCCCCACACCCAAACUACUGUGGAAUCUAAUGACGUUGUUCUCCCUAAAUUCUCUGCCACCAGCACCACCGCUGUGGUGAAGAACUCCAGCCACAUGACGCGCUGUAGUGACAGCCAGAAAAACUACUGCGUAAACGGAGGGGAGUGCUUCACCCUGGACAUCACCCCUGGCAGGUCCAAGUUCCUCUGCAGGUGUCCAAAUGAAUUUACUGGUGAUCGCUGUCAAAACUACGUAAUGGCCAGCUUCUACAAAGCGGAGGAGCUGUAUCAGAAACGUGUAUUAACAAUAACAGGAAUCUGCAUUGCACUCCUAGUGGUUGGAAUCAUGUGUGUGGUUGCCUACUGCAAAACAAAAAAGCAGAGGAAAAAGCUCCAUGAUCUUCUGAGGCAGAGCCUACGAAAUGAGAGAAACACCAUGGCAAGUAUGGCUAAUGGACCUCCGAUUUAUAACCCUUCACUUGAAAACGUCCAGUUUGUCAAUCAUCUACUCGUGAAGGAAACGGAAAUGUCUUUCUCCACGAGCCAGUACACAUCAUCAGUGCAUCAAUCGACAACGGUCACCCACACCUCCAGUCAAAGCUGGAGCAACUGCCGCAGCGAGAGUGCCUUCUCUCACAGCUGCUCUGUCUUGGUGAUGUCAUCAAUGGAGAACAGCCGGCACGCCACGCCCAUCCACCGGGGUCGUUUGGACGCCACGGGCGGCGCCAGAGACCUGAGUGUCUACCUAAAGAACACCCGAGACACGCCAGACUCCUCCAGGGACUCGCCGUUCAGAGACAGGUAUGCAUCAGCAAUGACGACCCCAACACGCCUGUCUCCUGUGGAGUUGCUCUCUCCCGUGACCCCGCCCUCCCCUCCUUCUGAGAUCUCGGCCCCACAGUCCAGCCUGGCCACCUCAGUCCCCUCGGUGGCAGUCAGCCCCACUGGCGAAGAGGAGGACCCCCUGCUGUUCACCACCACGCUGUGGCCCCGUGACAAGCCACCGCGCCCCGACCACCACCACAGCCAGUCCAAAAGGAACUGUGCCCACUACAACUAUGGCCAUAAGGCCCACAGCCCCCCGCCCAGCCCGCUGAGGAUUGUCGAGAACGACAGCUACGAGACAACGCAGGAGUGCGAGGCGAUCGCCGCCACGGUUGUGGUACCAACCGUUCCCCCGCAAAGCCUCCCUAAAAAACUCACAAAAAACAACAAUGGCCGCUGUGCCAAUAGCACAAAGCCCAAUGGCCACACGGCGGGCCACAAAACGGAGUCCAACGACCGAGUCAGCAGUACGGCGAGGAGCAGCUCGGAGAGCGACACGGAGGAGGACUAUCGCGUGGGAGAGGACACGCCCUUCCUGAGUUUACAGGAUUACAUGGCUGUAGGUGUGGAGCCACUCACAGACAGCUGCAGAACUUACCCAGCACGCCGACUCCCCCCACAGGAUGACCUGCAAGCCAGGUUAUCCAGCAUCAUCGCCAACCAAGAUCCAAUUGCUGUAUAAUGUCAAAAAAGUAAAUAUCGCUUAGAAAAAUACUUCAAAUACUUCAAAAAUAAAUAAUAGUCACUACUAAACUUUUAUUUUCUAUAAAUUAAAUAUUUGCACAAAAAAAGAAAGAAAGACAACAUUUAUUUUAGUGAAGUAGUGAAUAAAGUAUUUUAUAAAUAGAUAGAAACGUGUACAAAUAUGCUCAUGUCAUGAAAGAAAGUGCCAUAUACACUACUAUAUACCAAUGGUUCAGAGUAUUUCAAUGGAGAAAAAUAUUAAUGGUGCCUUUAAUUUCCAUUUGAUGUGCUUAAGGGAACUGCAUCAUGACUCUGGUCCAUAUAUUCAUAAUUUUCUUCUCGCUGUUGGCAUUUCAACCUGACCCUUAAAACAAAAUAAUCCACCAGCACUAUGCAUUACCUGUAUGAACUACUCACUGUAAGCUCAAUACAAUGUUAUUCUACUGAAUCUGCGGUGUUGCUUAUGUGUUCAAGUGUCAUUUCUCCCCAUUUACAUGAAUGCAGUCAUAGUCUACUUACCGAGGUGCAUACAACAAAGUAUUUAGUGUUCACCUAACACAGCACCAAAAUAUUAUACACUAUUUCAAGAUUUCCACACUCACUUUUGGUUGACUCAAAUGGUAAAAUAAAAUUUGAUUCGUAUUUUUUUAUGCUUUUCUUGGCCUGUUGGCCAAUAACACAUUAAUUACCAAGUCAAUCACCUGGGAAGAAUAUUGAAUGUGUAAUCUGAUUAACAUGAUUACAUAUUUGUAUGAACAUAACAAGAUUCAACAACUGAGACAUAAACUGAACAAGUUCCACAGACAUGUGACGAACAGAAAUGGAAUAAUGUGUCCCUGAACAAAGAGGGGUCAAAAUCAAAAGUAACAGUCAGUAUCUGGUGUGGCCACCAGCUGCAUUAAGUACUGCAGUGCAUCUUCUCAUGGACUGCACCAGAUUUGCCCGUUCUUGCUGUGAAAUGUUACCCCACUCUUCCACCAAGGCACCUGCAAGUUCCCGGACAUUUCUGGGGGGAAUACCCUAGCCCUCACCCUCCGAUCCAACAGGUCCCAAACGUGCUCAAUGGGAUUGAGGAGGGACAUGUCAGGGUGAGCCUGCAGGAAGGGUACCACAUGAGGGAGGAGGAUGUCUUCCCUGUAAUGCACAGCGUUGAUAUUGCCUGCAAUGACAACAAGCUCAGUCCGAUGAUGCUGUGACACACCGCCCCAGACCAUGUCGGAUCCUGCCCCUCCAAAUCGAUCACGCUCCAAUGUACAGGCUUCCUUUGACGAUAAACGCAAAUCUGACCAUCACCCCUGGUGAGACAAAACUGCUACUCGUCAAUAAAGAGCACUUUUUGCCAGUCCGGUCUGGUCCAGCGACGGUGGGUUUGUGCCCAUAGGCGACGUUGUUGCCGGUGAUGUCUGGUGAGGACCUGCCUUACAACAGGCCUGCAAGCUCUCAGUCCAGCCUCUCUCAGCCGAUUGUGGACAGUCUGAGCACUGAUGGAGAGAUUGUGCAUUCCUGGUGUAACUUGGGCAGUUGUUGUUGCCAUCCUGUACUUGUCCCGCAGGUGUGAUGUUCGAAUGUACCGACCCUGUGCAGGUGUUGUUACACAUGGUGUGGUAGCAGAAUCAGAAUUAGUUAGGUAACAUUGAUAAAUAACAUGUUUUAUUUAUAUAAUAAUGCUUAUGUGAGAUAUUUGUCAUUAGAAUGUCUUCUUUUUGAUAAUACUGUUGGCAGUUUGCAGUCAUCCCUUCUCUGCUAGGGCUUAGUCACUAGGGGCCCAGAGAGGGGAGAGGUCAGGCUUGUCUUCUUAUGGGAAUGUGUCUGUAACUAUUACACGUCCCCUCUGAGGUUGCCCUUAUCUUGAUUUAGUAUAUGACCUCUUGUCCAGGAGGGAGUGUGUUUGAUAUGGGAGUAUCUACAAUUGACAAUUGAUAUAUGCCAUUGGAUGAGGUAAUGUUUUGGUACUAAGUGGUACCAAGAAUGAGCUAAGAACUUAGUCUAAGAGGGCAAACUGAAUGAUAAUUUAUAGCCAAUGCUGUCUGGCUAUGGGAUACUCCUCUCUAAAGUAAAAUCUUGCUUUGUGUAAUGUUCCUAAGAUAUGUUAUUUGUCAUGUGAGUUUAGAUGGGUGUGUCUUUGCUAUAAAGGAUCUCAGUUGCCAUCCUGUCAUCCUGUCUCCCUGUAGCGUUGUCUUAGGCGUCUCACAGUACGAACAUUGCAAUUUAUUGCCCUGGCCACAUCUGCAGUCGUCAUGCCUCCUUGUAGCAUACCUAAGGCAUGUUCACACAGAUGAGCAGGGACCCUGGGCAUCUUUCUUUUUAUGUUUUUCAGAGUCAGUAGAAAGGUCUCUUUAUAGUGUCAGCUGUAAGCUGUUAGUGUCUUAACGACCGUUCCACAGGUGCAUGUUCAUUAAUUGUUUAUGGUUCAUUGAACAAGCAUGGGAAACAGUGUUUAAACCCUUUACAAUGAAGAUCUGUGAAGUUAUUUGGAUUUUUACGAAUUAUCUUUGAAAGACAGGGUCCUGAAAAAGGGACAUUUAUUUUUUUGCUGAGUUUAGAAGAAUUAAUCAAAUAAAAUAAAAAUAAUUGUGUAAAUUGUGUAACGGUUAGUAUCUUGGGACAUUUACUGAAUGCACUAUGUACAUCCUUGCCAUUAUUCUGUGUAUUGCGUUCUAUAUAAUAGAUGUAUUUAGUAAUCUCUGGUUAAGCAAUACUCUGUACGAUUCUUGCUCUCACUAUAGCCACAUCUCAUGACUUGCAAGUCCAAAUUGUAGAGAUAUGUACUGAAUGAAUGAUUGAAUAUAUGACUCAGUCUUUCAACAACACAUCUGUGGGUAGUGCAUUCUGGGGAUCAAUGAUAAAGCACCAAUAAGGUACAUAGCGAAAGCUUUUUCAUUUGUUUCAAUUGUGUUUUAGUAUGCUAGUCAAUUUCUGCAUUUUUGUCCUCCUAAACUUUUUGGACAAUGUAAACAUUUUGGAUGUUACAUUAUCCUAUCUGUUAUUUUGUGUGAAUACAGUAUAUAUUUGUUUUCA